AUGGAAGAUAUAGAGUUUAACAUCUCUGUAAAGAAUGGCAAUGUGGGAAGUCGAAAAAAAAAAAUACGUAAAAUACCUAAAAAAACUAUUGAAAAAUGUAAAAGGUAUGAAGAUAAAGAUCCACUGCUUAAAAAAUUUAAAAGACCUUGCAACCAUUCAGGUAAAAGUUUUAAAUGUAAUAAUAGUAAAUUGCCUGACAUUAAACUAUUAAGAAAAUCAUUUUAUUCUACCUGCAUUAAAUCAGACCAGGAUGUUAAACUGUCAUAUAUGAUAUCCGUUGGCCCCGUGGAAAGAAAACGUACUUGCAAACCAAAUCCUCGAAAGCGUUUUUUUAAUACUCUUUACCAUUUGGCCCCCAAAAAAGAAACUAGGCCUACAAGGGUUUGUCUAAAAUUUUUAGUAAAAGCUCUAGGAAUUACGGAGCGAAGAGUUAACAGCAACAAAAUUCAAUUUGGUUUUUCUUCGCCAGCGACAGAUAUAUGUGCGUUAUGUAAUCGUUUAAAAUAUCAAAUUAAAAUGGAAAAGGACCCCAACAAGAAAAGUGACCUAAUAGUUAAACAUCGGAUUCACAAUAAAAGAGCUAAAGCAUUUUAUGAGUUAGCCAGAGCAUCCCCACCAGAUUCGCUAACAUUCUGUUUUGAUAUGCAAGUCCAACCGCUCCCUCGUACACCAAUAAACGAUGCUUUUUACGCCCAGCAAGUAAGCUAUUACGUACUUUGUUGUGUCGAUAUGCAAGCUAAAGCACCUACUUUUUAUACAUGGACCGAGGAUAUGGCUGGUAGGGGAUUUGUGGAGGUAUCAUCUGCACUGUUAGACCAUUUGAAUUCCCUAGAUCUCUCGAACAAACAAAAAUUCGUCUCUUUUGUGAUGGGUGCGGAGGGCAAAAUAAAAAUGCCCAUGUAA